UGUUGUGCAACACAUUUAGCGCCAACUUCAACGCUGUAUUUUAGUGUAAACCGGACGUUUACUGUAACGGCAAAUACAUGGCAAAUAGACCCUUCUGUGGAAAUAGCAACACCUUAUUUGACGACACGGAGUUAGUGACUGUUACGGAGCAGCAGCGUGGACAUGAGAGCGUUAUAUGAGCAGGUAAAGCGGACUGAACCUCCGUUGUUCUCCGGGUAAACAGGCGGCUCAACGCUAGCGAAGCCGCGUCCAGCUGCAUACCAGAUACAGGACAAUGAGAAGGAGUCUGGCUCCCAGUCAGGUCGCUAAGCGGAAGCAGGGAGGUGACGAUGAGGACGAAGAGUGGACAUGUCAAACUGAGAAAAAAAGGAAAGGGGACAAGGAGACGAGAGAGAACCACAUUUCUCCGUACAGGAAGCCGCUGACGCAGCUCAACACCCGGCUCACAUACACUGAUGGUGACAAACAUGAGGCGUUUAUCCGAAGUAUCCUCUCCAAGCCGUUUAAAAUCCCGAUUCCAAAUUACACAGGCUCACUGGGAAUCAGAGCACUUGGCCUGAAGAGAGCGGGAGUAAGGAAAGCACUUCACGAUCCCUUUGCAGAGGAUGCUUUGGUUCUGCACGAGCCUCCGACUCUGACUGCUCAUGACCUGAUCAAAGCUGACAAAGAAAAACUACCAGUCCAUGUGGUCGUGGAUCCAGUUUUAGGAAAAGUGCUCAGACCCCAUCAGAGAGAGGGGGUGAAGUUCCUGUGGGAGUGCGUGACGGGCAGACGCAUCCCAGGCUCGUACGGCUGCAUCAUGGCCGAUGAGAUGGGCCUGGGGAAGACGUUGCAGUGCAUCACGCUCAUGUGGACGCUGCUGCGCCAGAGCCCUGACGCCAAGCCAGAGAUCGACAAAGCCAUUGUGGUCUCGCCUUCCAGUUUAGUCCGUAACUGGUACAACGAAGUGGGAAAGUGGUUGGGAGGGCGCGUCACACCGGUGGCCAUCGAUGGAGGCUCGAAGGAUGACAUCGACAGACAGCUAGUGAACUUUAUGUCUCAGUAUGGGUUGAGAGUUCCCACCCCGAUCCUCAUCAUCUCCUACGAGACGUUUCGACUGCACGCUGACGUUCUGCACAAGGGCAAAGUGGGGCUCGUCAUCUGUGAUGAGGGCCAUCGAUUGAAGAACUCUGACAACCAGACAUACCAGGCCUUAAACGCCAUGAGUGCCCAGAGGAGAGUGUUGAUAUCAGGCACUCCCAUCCAAAACGACCUGCUGGAAUAUUUCAGCCUGGUCCACUUUGUUAAUGCUGGCAUCCUCGGCACGGCACAGGAGUUUAAGAAGCGAUUUGAGCUUCCCAUCCUGAAAGGUCGAGACGCUGCUGCCAGCGACAGAGACAGACAAGCGGGAGAGGAGAAGCUCAAGGAGCUGAUCAGCAUCGUCAACAGGUGUUUGAUCAGGAGAACGUCUGACAUCUUGUCCAAGUAUCUCCCGGUGAAGAUCGAACAGGUCGUGUGUUGCAGACUGACUCCGCUGCAGACGGAGCUCUACAAACUGUUCCUGAAGCAGGCCAAACCUGUUGAGAGUUUGCAGCAGGGCAAGAUCAGCGUCUCCUCGCUGUCCUCCAUCACGUCGCUCAAGAAACUCUGCAACCAUCCAGCACUCAUCCAUGAAAAGUGUGUGCAGGGUGAGGAAGGGUUUGAAGGAGCGCUGGAUCUGUUUCCACCCGGCUACAGCACCAAAUCUGUGGAGCCUCAGCUCUCGGGAAAAAUGCUGGUUCUCGAUUACAUCCUGGCAAUGACGAGGUCGACGUCCAGUGACAAAGUGGUGCUGGUCUCCAACUACACACAAACACUGGACCUGUUUGAGAAGCUGUGCAGAAGUAGAAGAUACCUCUAUGUUCGACUGGAUGGAACAAUGUCCAUCAAGAAAAGAGCCAAGAUUGUGGAAAAAUUCAACAGUCCAUCAAACCCUGAGUUCAUUUUCAUGCUCAGCAGUAAAGCCGGUGGAUGUGGUCUGAAUCUGAUCGGCGCCAAUCGCUUGGUGAUGUUUGAUCCCGACUGGAACCCGGCCAACGACGAGCAGGCGAUGGCCCGGGUGUGGCGAGACGGCCAGAAGAAGACCUGCUACAUCUACAGACUGCUCUCAACGGGGACGAUCGAGGAGAAGAUCCUGCAAAGGCAGGCCCAUAAGAAAGCUCUGAGCAGCUGCGUGGUGGACGAGGAGCAGGACGUGGAGCGCCACUUCUCUCUGGGCGAACUCCGAGAACUCUUUACACUCAACGAGGAGACGUCCAGCGACACGCACGACAAGUUCCGCUGCCAGCGCUGCGUGAACGGCCUGGAGGUGCGACCUCCUGCGGACGACUCUGACUGCACCAGUGACCUCUCCCAAUGGAACCAUUGCUUCAACAAGAAGGGCCUCAGGGACCAGGUGUUGAAAGCCUCCUGGGACGCUGCCGUCUCCUUCGUCUUCCACCAGCGCUCGCACGAGGACCAGAAGGGUGUUGUAUAGUGGGAGGAA